UUCAUUAUCCGGAACUGUUGUGACGUUAUUUCCGCUCUAAUCGUUGAUUUUUAGCUUGCGCUGUUUAUCUUUUCAAGCGGCCUACAUUUUUUUUAAGUGUCAUUUUUGUUUAUUUAGAUGCUCAAAAAUAUUAACGUAAAGUAACUGACCAGCCGAAGGGAUAACAAGACCCAUUGUGCUGUUGUUAGUACCCGUGUUGGGGAGUCUUAAUCUACAAGCGAGGAGCUUGCAGCCUCGGUGGCGAAAGUUUUUUCAUGUCAGAUACCGAGUAUACUUUCAGUUGUUUAUGUCAUCCAUUCUUCUUCAGACAGAAGAUACCAAAAAACUGCAAUCGAAAAUCUUUUCAUUCUAUUGACAAACCUACACAUAAAUCAAAAUGGCCGUUAACGUCAACCGCAGUGUUUCUGACCAGUUCUACCGUUACAAAAUGCCCCGUUUGAUUGCUAAGGUGGAGGGCAAAGGCAAUGGAAUAAAAACGGUAAUAGUCAACAUGGUUGACGUUGCUAAGGCACUUAAUCGGCCUCCAACCUAUCCCACCAAGUAUUUUGGUUGUGAGCUGGGAGCACAGACUCAGUUUGACACCAAGAACGAUCGUUACAUUGUCAAUGGAUCUCAUGAGGCGAAUAAGUUGCAAGACAUGUUGGAUGGAUUCAUUAGAAAAUUUGUUCUAUGUCCAGAGUGUGAAAAUCCAGAAACUGACCUGCAUGUUAAUUUUAAGAAGCAAACCAUCGGUAACUCUUGUAAAGCUUGUGGAUACAGAGGCAUGUUGGAUACCAAACACAAACUAUGUACGUUCAUUCUUAAAAACCCACCAGAAAGCAGUGAUACUGGUUCGGCAAAGAAAGACAAGGAUAAGAAAAACAAAAAGGGCAGAGACAAAGAAAAUGGAUCUGUUUCUGGCAACACUGAGACAACCAGCCGUGAUGAGAUUGAUGCUCCAGAUGCUGUGGAUAGAGAUGACGAUGAUGAAGACUGGGCUGAAGAAACAACAAAAGAGGCUCAAAUUCGAAGAAUGGAAGAAAUUAGUGAACACGCAAAGAACUUGACCCUUAGCGAAGACAUGGAGAAAACAGUGGAACACAGAGUUAAUGUUCUCUUUGAAUUUGUUAAGAGGAAAAAGGAGGAGGGUGUUAUAGACUCUUCAGAUAAAGAAAUUCUGGCAGAAGCUGAAAGACUGGAUGUUAAAGCUAUGGGACCACUGGUUUUGUCAGAGGUGCUGCUUGAUGAGAACAUUCGGGAUCAGAUUAAGACAUAUAGACGACAUUUCUUGCGUUUCUGCCACAACAACAAAAAAGCUCAACGUUAUUUACUUCAUGGUUUUGAAUGCGUGCUUAGUAUGCAUCCAGCUCAACUGCUUCCCAAAGUUCCACAUAUUCUGAAUGCAAUGUAUGAUGCAGACCUUCUAGACGAGGAUGUGAUCUUCAGUUGGAUGGAAAAGGUAUCUAAAAAGUAUAUUUCAAAGGAGCUUGCCAAAGAGGCCCGUAUUAAAGCAGAGCCUUUCAUUAAGUGGCUUAAAGAAGCCGAGGAGGAGGAUUCUGAGGAAUCUGAAGGCAAUGAAGAUAAUGUUGAGGUGGUGUAUUCCAGUUCAGCAAAAGAACUGAAGGUUGAAACGAUUAAGACACCGAAGCCUGUAGUCAACAAGGAAGAAGAGGAUGAUAUUGAUAUUGAUAACAUUUGAACCAAUAUUUGUUCAUUGGUCUUCACAAUAGAGCAUUUUUUUCUUGCAUUAAAGCUUGGAUUAUAGGAUUAUUAGUGCAUGUAACCACAGCUGACAUGCUAAAUUGUGCUGUACAAGUGUGCAUUUCUUGAUGUGAAAUUUGUUUUACAGGUAGAGAUGAAUAUUUGAUGGACUAGCAUAUGAUCACUGAUUUCCAUUUUGAUUGCUUAACAUUAGUUUUUUUCUAAUUCUGGACAAUUAACUUGGUGUGGCCUGGGUUGUAGGAAUAUGUUUGGCAUAAAUAUCGAUGUUCUGAAAGUCCCCUUCCAUGGAAAAAUAGGACUGCUGCUAUAUAUUGAAAUAAACUGGGUAUUUGGUUGCAUAUGAAGUGCAAGGUCAUGUUGUAUUAUACCCUGGAAUUUUUAACACCUUUUGUCUAGUCUAUUCCAUAAUUUUGUGUGAAAUAGGUGAAGAAAACAUUUUUGAAAUAAGGUUGGUGAUCCACAGUUACUAGAGUUUCCCCCACAUUCUUUUGCAGAUGUAAUAAGCAAGGGGGGGGGGUUAUCUUUAUUAUACUUUGAGAUCAUCAUUAAGAAAAAAAACAUUCAAACUUGUAGGAUGUUUAAGAUUCUUUCCAUUCAUGAUCCCUGCCCUUGUCUGUUGUCCCAGCAUUCUUGCAACUAGUUUUAUUGUAACGUUUCACUGCAGUGAACCUUGCCUUAACAAGCAUGUUGAUGCAGGGCAUGCUGAUAAUGUGUUAACUAAUUUUACAACCCAAUUAAGUGAUUACUGCAGUGGUUUAAAAAGUGACUGCAUCUUUGCAUUGUAGGUGUAGUCACCAGGAUGUUAAUUUCAUGUGUUGGCUGGUGUGCCCUAAAGAGGUUUAGUAAACAGUUACCUGGCUUUGUAGAGUGAUGGUGAAAAGUAUUUUUUUUUCACUUUAGGCAUGCAUUUACUUCCUUUCUAGAUGCCAUUUCAAUGAAGUAGAAAACCUUUGUAAUCUGUAGCAGCACUCUUACCCUCUGAAGUGGCUUAAGUUCCGUUUAAUGCAGAAUUGCAGGUUUUCUGUAUAUGUGAGCUAUUCAUUGAUUUGUCUUUGCUUGCAGAAACAUUUUAGUAUACAUUGACAUUGGAUGUUCUGCAAACCAGUUAACAUGACAAUUAUUUGCACGUUCAGCUAAAAAUGUAGAAGUCUUUGGAAAUCGGGUGCAUUUAUCUUUACUAAUAUGAGAAAUAAAACAGGCUUGAGCAAUUCUGUAGUAACAUGGAUGGGAAGAAUUAAGUUUCUCAUUGUGUUGCAGUAAAGGCAACACAAAUUGCAUCAUUCCAGAAAUUAAGACAUGUUUCUUGCAUCCAGACUCUGACUUGUUUAAUUUAUUAUUUUGUUGAAGUUAACUACAUUAUAGCUUUCCCUGGUCUCAUUCCCUUGCUGGUAAAAUGUGUUGCCAAAUAACUUUAACCAUGCUGGGGGGAGAAGUGGUAGUUUGAGGAUUUAUGUGGUUGACUAGCUUAAUGACACCAUCUUUUUGAUGUAAUUUGGAGCAAGCUCGGAGUUGUAAUAUCUUUUUUCCCCAGUUAAUACUCGAAGUAAUUUUAAAAUACUCAUGUAUGUAAUUGCCUGUAUGCCAGCUGUUACUGGGUUCAUUUUUCUAGUUUGACAUACACAGUUUGAUUAUUUUCAAAGAUUAAUUGGACAAAAUUGACUGUUUCAGAGGAUGUUUUGUAUGGUAAAUAGACUUGUGACCAAAUUUCACUGCUUUAGCACAGUGUACCAUAAAUGUGUGUGGUAAAUGUGGUUUCUUUGUGUACUGUGGGCAGUUAAACAGGGUGGGUUUAGUGGCGUUAACCAGUGAAGUGUAGCUCGGUUUGGGCUGUUUAGCUGUAAAGAUCUUUUGUUUAAGGCUUGUUUUUCUGGGGUUGGUUAUUAUCUUGACACAAUUAAAUUCAGUACAGAAUGGUACACCACUGAUUCAUUUACUUUUCACUUAAAUGUUUUUUAAAAAUGAUUCAGAUUUCUAAGCAACCGUGUUGGGGAGAGCAACCCUAACUAUGUAUCAGAUGGUUUGGCUAUAAGCAGCCAAGCUGAACAGCCCUAGUCCUCUCAAAGUUUAAGUAUAUAUUACCAGUGGAAAACAGCCAGAUUAGGCAAAUUUUGCUUAAUUGCAAAAGUUGCAUUGAAGUUGAGCAUUACUUAAAUUGAACUUGUCCACUAUGUACGUGAUGUUUCAUGUGAAUGUUUUUUUGGGGUGGGCAGAUGCAUCCGUAACCACCCACUGGAUGGGCAGAGAGCAGUUUGUCUAGAUUAGUGUGUUCUGAUUAGAAAACCUGCAUAUAUAAGCAGCUAAGUGAAACUUGGUGCCUGAUUUAUCUGUGUACAAUUGCUAACUGCACAGACCUAGAGAAAAGGUAGCGCUGACUUGUAAAAUGUUUAAUCUUGUAUAUGCUCUUCAAUAAAAGAUGUUAUUUUUUCAUAA